UCCAGUCUGGUGAACGCCGUGGCCGGCAUGGUUCCUCGUCGUGGCGUGGCGCGGGUCUCAGACCGCGCGGGCUGGACGGACGCAGUCUUCUUCUACCAGCUAGGAAGGAAGCCCCCCGUGCUCAC